GUCAUAGACUACCGUAAACCAAAGAAAAGAGUCAAAUCGGACCCAACGAUAGAACAAGAAGCAAAAUCGUUUGGAAGCACAGAUGAAGAAUCUGAGGAAAUAACGGAAAAAGAGAAAGAGGAUGCUGAGGAACCUAAUGCAGAAUCAGAGUCAGACAACUUCACGGAUGUUCUACGUCGGCGCGUUCGCAUGGCGAUAGAGGAAAAUAGCCCGGAAGAAUUAAAUGCUGUCAUUAAAGAAAUGAAAACAUUAAAACUACCGUCAAUUCAACCGGACAUCAAAUACGCAGAAGAAAUGCUGCAAUUAUUGAAGAUUAAGAAAGAGUUACUAAUAGGAAUUCGGGACAAAGACUCAAAAAAGAUUAAAGCCGCAUUAAAGAAGGUCAAGGCCGCUGGCGUGGAGGACAAACUUGAAAGAGAGGUUACAAUAGCAAGGAAUCUACUCCAAAGAUUGAAAAAGCUCCAGCGGCUAUUGCACGCGAUAUUAGACUUGGACCAGUCUACGAUAGCUGAAAUUCGAGGAUACAGUAGUCCACCUAAAAUAGUCCACACAGUGAUGAUGUCAACAUUGCUUCUCCUUGGUCACUGGGAGGAUGAAACCAAGGAAUGGAAGAAUAUACAGAUAGUGCUUGGGAAAACAGGCAAAGAGUCCCUUAAGAGGUUGAUUGUGGAGUUUAAGAUAGAGAAGUGCCCACUGGAGGUUGCCAUGGGAGCUAAAGACUUUCUCCGUGACUACAGUAUCGACCAGGUUCGUCUAGUUAGUGCUGGAUGUGCUACAUUCUUUGUAUGGGUGAAAGGUGUUGUUGAAGAACUAGAGAAGAGGGCUGGUGAAGAAAUAAACAAUAUCCGACCUUUGACCUCGAGAUCACGACGAAAGGACAAAAAGAAAAGAGAAAUGACUUUCCUAGGAGAUUUGGACAUAAAUUCUGCACGAUAGCUUUUUAUGUGAACUUGUUUGUUUAUGGAAACAUAAUAAUAAUGAACUAUGAAAAGGGUAUAGUAGAUUAGAUGUAUGCAUAGUUGAUUACAUUGUAUAUGUAUGCAGUUAUUUAUUGAAAUGUUUGUGCAAUUAAGUUUUUACGAGACUGUGUCAGAAUGCGCAUUACUAUUUUCUUUAAGAAGAUAUUGUUUAUGAUUUUUUAAUAUAUAUAAAGAUAUACCGUCCUUUAGUACCUUGUAUAGUUGUAACGUCGUCACUCACGUGUUGAUUGAUCACAGGCUUCUUAUCACAUAGACGCUUAAUUGAUAAUAUUGGGACACGGAAAGUAACGAAAAUAUUGUCGAAUAUUUACGAUCAUUGGCUUUUUUCACACCAUUGUAUGUAACUACUUGUUGAGUUGGUAUAUGUAGCCUAUCUAUCAGAUAUAAUUUGCGUUUUAAAUAAUUUCAUGAUUCAUCUGUGCCAAAACUGUGAUAAUGUAAUGUAAACGGUCUCUGUUCAAUUCAACGUUUGCAUGAUAAAACUCGACAUUCCUCGUUUUCAAUAGUACAAGACGAAAAAUGACAUUUUUAAAAUAUGUGUUUUACUUGGCAUUACGUAUCACCGAUAUAACAUAAUGCAAAAUAAUGAAAAUAAUGAGCAUUUAGGCUUCCCUACUGACAGGUUUUCCCCCCAUUGUUUUAUACGUCUUGUCGGUGAAGUUUGAAUAAUUAUAUUAACAAAAACUAUUUACGUACACUGGUGUAUAUUUUAAAUCACUGUUUUCUUGUGUCCAUAUAUUUGAAAGAGCUUUUUUAAAUACUUUGACAACAAAUUAUUACAUUAUGUUUAUGAAAAUGGUUCAAUAUUUCAGAAUAGAAGAAUACAAUUAAAAGCGUAGUUUUAAACGUACGAAAAUAUUGGAGCGAACUUAUUUCCAAAAGCCAUCGUGUUUUUUACACUAAACUAGGCAAUACUCUUUGUUUUAAAAUUUGAUAACUCAUUCGGGAUACGAUUCGAUUGCAAUAAAUUUCCUUUUAAUAUAAAAACAAUGAAUGUUUUAAAUGUACAUGAAGUAUUGAAGUUGGCAAGUGUUAAUUAUUUCGACACAUUUAAUCAAUGAUAUUCUUCUACAUACUUCAGCGUUUGCUUGAUUGUUUAGAUAUUUUUAUAUUUAAUUUAUAUUUCUAUAUGUCACAGUAAUUGAUUUGUUAUUAUAAUAUGUUAUACUUCACUAUUGAAUUUCAAUAAAAGUGCAACU